AUGUGCCCUGCUGCACAACAUGUCGGUGUGGAAACCGAGAGCAACGCCCGAGCCAAGUUCCUGUUCCCAGACAUUCCUUCGGGCAUCCUGGAAUCCACCGACCGAGAACCAUUCUGGCAGCCGAGCAACAAGGCCCCAAAGCAUUUGGAAACUUAUGAGGAAUCGCUGCCGUCAGGAGAUCAAUCCGUGGAAUCCAUAUCUGAGCAUCGCAUACGCUAG